GGAUCCUCUCCUCACUACAUUACACAGAUACACAGAGGCAGAGAGACGCGCAGACAGAGUACAUGUGGAAAAGUGGUCAUGGCUGUGUCAGCUCCCGUUAUCCCACCGCCCCCCCUCACUCCCACCUCCACCCCGUUAACAGGAGGCUUGUUCCGCACCGACUCCGUGUACACCAGCCCUUCGGAAUCCCCCAAACUCAGCAGCAUUGGUAACAACAUCAACAGCGGCAACGAGUGUAAGAUGGUCGAGCUCCGUGGAGUCAAAGUGGCGUCUUUCAAUGUGGACGGGCAGGAGCUGAUCUGCCUCCCGCAGGUUUUUGAUCUCUUCCUCAAGCAUCUGGUGGGCGGUUUGCAUACGGUUUACACUAAGUUAAAGAGACUGGAUAUAACGCCCGUGGUCUGCACUGUAGAGCAGGUCAGAAUCCUCAGAGGACUUGGAGCCAUCCAGCCCGGAGUUAACCGUUGCAAACUCAUAUCCAGAAAAGACUUUGAAACUUUGUUCAACGAUUGCACCAACGCAAGCUCCAGGCCUGGAAGACCUCCAAAACGUACACUGAGUGUAACAUUGCCAGAAAAUUCUCGCAUCAUGCCCCAUGCAGUCCCAGGUCUCUUAUCGCCAGGAAUCAUCUCACCAACAGGUUUAACUGCAGCAGCCAUGGCUGAAGCGAUGAAGUUACAAAAACUGAAACUUGCAACAAUGAAUAAUCUUCAUGGUAAUGGUAGUCAAAAUGGUGCCGAAUCCGAGAAUGAAGAACUGAAUUCCAGCUCAGGACUCGAGUUGCCGUUCAUGAUGAUGCCCCACCCCCUCAUCCCUGUCAGCCUACCUCCUGCAUCGGUUACCAUGGCAAUGAGCCAGAUGAGUCACCUCAGCACCAUAGCUAACAUGGCAGUGGCAGCCCAAAUGCACAGUCCCCUCUCUAGAGCUGGAGCUUCUGUUAUCAAGGGAAUGCCACUACAGGCCGGUAAAGGUUACACUCAUCUACUUGGACAACCUCUUGAAUUUUUGUUCUGCCACCAGGAGCGGGUUCAUAAUAGCCUAUCCCCAGAACCAUCCCUUGAAGAUAGUCAACGGCCUGGAAGUCACCCUUCUUCACACCAGAGCAGCAGUAUAUCUAGUUCACCAUCCCAACAUGAUAUUGCCUCUGACAGAAUAUCUGGUCAGCCGAGAGAAGGAGAGAUUGCUGAUCACGAUAAUGGUCCUAAUAUAAAGAGAAGCCAAAAGGAAAAAGGCUGUUCCUUAAAAGGUCCUGAGGAUGAGCCCGGGGACUCCAUCCAGACCAGUUGCUUUCCAUGGAUUCGCUCUCAGGAUCGACGAUCUUACAAAUGCCAAGAUGAGACUCAGCUGGUGAUGCCCACGAUCAGAACCAGCAUUGAGAAGUUCCACAUGGCUGGGCAGGUCCUGCCCCCAGGAUUUCCUGCACCAUUCUUAUUUGCUGAUGGACUUUCUUCAAUAGAAACACUUCUAACCAAUAUUCAGGGCCUGCUGAAGGUGGCUGUUGACAAUGCUCGUGUGCAGGAGAAGCAGAUACAACAGGAGAAGAAAGAACUGAAGCUGGAGCUGUUCAGGGAGAGAGAAAUGAGAGAAACCUUAGAGAGACAACUCACAACAGAACAGCACAAUAGAGCAACAAUCCAGAAACGGCUGAAGAAAGAGAAAAAGGCAAAGAGGAAAUUACAGGAAGCACUGGAAUUUGAGUCAAAGCGACGAGAGCAAGUGGAACAAGCUUUACAACAGGCCACAUCCACAGAAAGUCUCAGGGUGCUUAAUGAUGCAGUAAUUCCUGAGAUGGAAGCUGAACACUGUGGGACUCAGCUUGACACAACACCAACAGUACAAGAUAGACCAUACAUGAAAACAUCCAUCCUGUAUUGAGAGGCGUUUUAUACCAAACUGAACCAUGUAAUGACAACAUUUCCACACUCCAAUGAAACCAAGUCUGGGUACAGCAAAUACUUCAAGCCAUUUUCAGUCGAAGCAACCUCUGUUCAUGCAUUUUAAAAAGGAAAACAAAUAACCACGCACAUUGUGGUGGAUUAGUACUGUAGCAUCAUCUGUGCUGCAGAUAAAGUUGCCAAUGUGGUGAAGUUUUUAUACUAUAGUUGCUGCACCAGAACAUUUUACCUGUUAAAAGCCAUGCCUUGUUGGUUAAAACAUCGUGUGCCAUGUUAAUUUAAAGCACACCAACAGCCAACACAAACAGAAGAGACAUUGCAGAUUGGUGAAUUUACGGCACAUCAGGCUUGAUACAAGGCUGUGAAGAACAAUUAGCCCAGAAGCAGCUGAAGAGCUUUGUAAUUAAUGGCUGAAGAAAUCCUGCAACAAAACUGUUCAUUGUAAUUAUUAAUAAAGCUUUCUCUGUUAAAACUGGUCUAUUUAAAAAAAAAGGGCCCCAUUUAGAAAUAAAAUGUGGAAAAAGCAGCAAAG